GUCAGAACCGCUGCGAGCCUCCACCAGAGUUUCCUCUGGCUUCGCCCUAUUCAGGCAUAGUUCACCAUCUUUCGGGUCCCCACAUUUACGCUCUUACUCAAAUCCAUCCGAAGACAUCAGGAUCGGUCGAUGGUGCGCCCCGCGAGGGGCUCCCACCUCCGUUCGCUUUCACUGCGCGCACGGGUUUGACACCCGAACACUCGCGUAGAUGUUAGACUCCUUGGUCCGUGUUUCAAGACGGGUCGUUUACAACCAUUAUGCCAGCGUCCGUGCCGAAGCGCGUUCCUCGGUCCAGGCUGGCAGCAUUGCACCCCCGGCUAUAAGGUGCCCCGAAGGGCACUACAUUCCGGGGGCCUUUGACCUGCCGCCCAAACCGACGCUGGCCCGCCCACGGGGAAGUACACCGGCACGAAUGCCGGCUGAACCCCGCGGGCGAGUCUGGUCGCAAGCGCUUCCCUUUCAACAAUUUCACGUGCUUUUUAACUCUCUUUUCAAAGUGCUUUUCAUCUUUCGAUCACUCUACUUGUGCGCUAUCGGUCUCCGGCCAGUAUUUAGCUUUAGAUGAAAUUUACCACCCAUUUAGAGCUGCAUUCCCAAACAACUCGACUCGUCGAAGGAGCUUCACACGGACGCGGACACCCCGUCCCAGACGGGAUUCUCACCCUCUAUGACGGCCCGUUCCAGGGCACUUAGACGGGGCCGCACCCGAAGCAUCCUCUGCAAAUUACAACUCGGACCCCGAGGGGGCCAGAUUUCAAAUUUGAGCUCUUGCCGCUUCACUCGCCGUUACUGAGGCAAUCCCGGUUGGUUUCUUUUCCUCCGCUUAUUGAUAUGCUUAAGUUCA